AUGAACGAGAGCGAUUGGCUCGUCUCCGCCUACCUGCGGACGGCAGACGCCGGCUUCAGUGACGCCAACAAGUACGUUCCAUAUCGACUUUCUUCUCUUCGAGUAGAGUCUGAUUCGAUUUUCAUUUCACACGUGGUGCCAGCUUUUCAGUGAGCUUUUGAUCCAACUACAACUGUUCAAAUAUCGAAAUUAGCUGUAAAUAGUUUGCUCUUUUUCCGUUUUCUACUGCUUUGAUUUUGCUUUGAAGCUAAUUUCCCAAAUAUUUUCCCGUUUCCGAAGUAAUUGUUCUAGAAGCUAACAUUGAAUGAACGCGCCGGCCAGAACUCUCCAGUCAAACUUUUUUACGGGUUUUCAAAAAGGUUCGAAUGAAUUACCAGGAAUUACCUUUGCAAUCAGUUCCAUUAUUCGGUUAUUAUGGAUAAUAAUAUCUAUGUAAUAAUAAUUAUUUAAUAAUAAUUAUUUAUUGACAGAUCAGCGUGAACCCUAACGAGUUCAUUUGGAUCUAGAAUUUAAGAGAAUACAUUAUACAGUUAUACAUCAUUUGAGUCGUGGAGGAAUAUACAAGAAGAUCUCGUGCAAUGGUAGAUUGACCAGUAAAUUUUUUAAAGACUUGGAUUGGUGGCUGAAUUGAAAUUUGGAAGUGAGUUUGUUCCAAGUAGGGAUUGUUUUAAAGAAAAAAUCAUUAGAAAACUGACCUUGAGAACGCAGUCGAAGUGGAUUUCGCCUUAAAUUGGACCUGAGGGCAAAAAGUUCGAACUGGGGAAAAUGAUCGAUACCGAAGACAAUUUUAUGAAGGGUCAGAAUGUCGUAUAUAGCUCGUCUGAGGUAAAGUGGAGAGAUAUCAAAUUGCUCAAGGCGGUCAGAGUAAGAUUCAAAGGAUAAGUUGGACCUAAUAAAUAUUUUACGAGAAAAAAUUCUGAGAGGAGAUUCCAGUUUGUAGCAGAGAUCAGAAUUAAGGGGAGGGUUAAAAACUUCGGAGCAGUAUUUCAGAAUAGGCCUUACAUAGGUGUUAAAAAUUUUGAACAAUAGAUCAGGUGAUUUGGAACGAAAACAGUUGAGUAUCUGAUUUGAGCGAAGGGUUGCUAAUGCCGUGUUCAAAGUAAUUUCCGCGAAAUGCAAAAUGGUCUCUGACCCUCCAAAAUUUAGUUAUCUUUCUCUUUCUCUGACGGCUAUUUUGAAUUUCGCGGAAUCACUUUGAACACGGCAUAAAGAAACGAUAUUGUUAAUGUGAGGAGCGAGAGUUUGUUUAUUUUAGUUUUUUUAUUACUAUGUAAUUUGGCUGAAACGAUUAACCUCUUCAUUUUUUCAUUAUAUGAUUUCUAAACUUUGUGAAAAAAUUUAAUAUAACAGCUUUAUUUCUUGAGCUGGUCGCCGGAUAUUUUGACAAGUCGACGUGCUCCAGGUGAUUUGAGACAGGUGACAGCCUGAUGUCGUAUUAAGUUUCAUUCGAAGCUCAAAAAAUAUUAAGUUGUAUGUUUUAAGAUCAACUUGUUUAUAUUUUCUACAAUUCAUUGAGUUUUGAAUUUUAAGAAAAAAUAGAAAAUCAAAUUUGAGCGAAAAAAAAUCUUAACAUUCGAGAAUCUGGGGUUUCAGUUUUUUCUGGCUCUUUUGGAAACAUAACUUCACUAAAAUGUCUUUUGCCCCCGAAGUUUUGCUUUCAGACAAACUGUUAUAUUCCAACUCACUCAUCAGUUCAACUUUCUAUAACCUCCAAAAAAAAAACUAUAGUUUCGAUUCAACUUUUUGGCAGCGGAAAACCUUUUUCCAACAAUUCCCAAUAGCAAAACCAUGGAUGGAAAAGCCGUGCUUUUGUUGCAGCACGAGAAAUUUUGAACAUCUUUCCUAUUUUCUGCUGUCUCUCUUUUUGUGCAGUCCGUUCAUUUUUCAUUCUUCAAAGAAAGUCUGAGAACCCAUUUUAAAUGUCUUGAAUUAGCUCUGCAACUACUUCCUUGAGUUUUUGCAUGACGAAGAGAGGGAUGGAUUUUUCUUUUUCUCUUUCUAGCUUUUUUAUAUCUUGAUAUUCACGGACAUUUCUUUUCUCACUUCGAUGGCGUCCAAAAAGGUGGAAAGGCAAGCUUGAUUGGCUAUCUUCAAUGCGGGAUUAUUGGCGUUAAAUCGGAUUAGAGAGCAGUCAUUUUUUCGAGGAAACAAAAGCCUUUUCAUCCCAGUUCUCCUUGCCGAAGCUUAUCGUGUCCUUCUGUCAGUUUGUUCUGCCAUUUACUUCGAAGUGUGUCGGGUUUUCAGAAAGAUCCUGGAAUGUGAAAGGAACUCCCCGAGGGAGCUUCCUGUCUUUUGAACUACGCGUUCGCUUCUUCUUUUCCGUUUCAAUAACGUUCCAUGUCCUGAGCACCUUCGGCUUUUCACUUUCCUUGAUUUCAGUUGCUUGAACUUGCAGGUCACCUGUUUCAAUUCUUUUUUUUCUCUCUCAAACACGAUUCAGUUCUUCAGAAAUGACUCGAGAAAAUUGCCCUGGAUUCACACGUCUGUCGUCUCAACCUUUUUUGUGUUCCUUGAAUUGCAAGCUUUCAUCCCUUCUUAUUACUUUUUCUGGGUUUUUGCUUCAGGAAGUUUUUCAAUCUUCUUCAAAAAAGUAAUAUCGAAUCUUUGACUAAAUCUGGUUUCACGCUUUUGGAAGUCCGUUAUUGGUUAUAGGGGAAAAAAAGGCGAAUGAGGAAGUUUUAACAAAAAGCACGAGGAUCGGGAUGUAUGAAAAAUGAAAUCAAAAGGAAAAUGGAGCGAGGAGAAUCUGAAAAAGGCGGGAACCAGUAAAAAGUGCCAUAGCUCCAAAAGAUAUAGUAGUUUGAAUAAAUUAGAAAUUCUCUUCGUCGUGGGACUUUUGCAUGGCCAGACGUCUUCUAAUUUCUUACUUCCUCACCUCGUCCAAAUUUUCUUUUUGUCGGUUCUGAAUUGCCACCUCCGCUAGUUUCACACCUUUCAACUUUCGCUCUGUGGGGGAAAAAAAAAAUGGAUUUUUGUAGCGAAACUGCCGUGUCGACGUCGGCGCCGAUGGGGACGGUGGUGCAGGAAGAGAUCUGCCGGUUUCGGGCCACCACCGAAAACUUUGUCGUCGUCGUCACCUUCAUCGUCAUAUUCCUGCUCUCUGUCAUCGGCAACUCCCUCGUGCUUCUUGUCAUACUCAAGGUGACGUCGGUCGGGCUGUCUCCCGAAUGACCUUCUGUUUGCAGCAACGAGCGAUGAGGUCCAUCACCAACAUCUACCUGAUGAACCUCGCUCUCACCGACAUGAUGCUCUCCGUCGUGUGUAUGCCUCCCACUCUCGGUAACUCUUGUCAUCUUCCAUUAGUGUUUUCAUUCAAAUUCCGUGUAAAAUCUUCACUCGAAUUCCGUGUAAAAUCUUCACUCGAAGUGGUCGCUCUCAUUCUGAGGCUUCCACCUAGAGCACGGUCUCCGGGCUCCAGCACAACAUCCGCUACAUUCUGAGCUCGUCAAGGCGCAACUGGAUGAACUACGCGCAGAAGGACGAGGCGAAGGACCGUAAGACCAUGCUUUCUACUGUUUCGACUACACGUUUGGACUUCUAGUUCGUCAAAGGCGGUUGUUCGUUAUAGCUUUGAAAGUUCUUGUUCACCGCCUAGUCGAUACAUCUAUGAGUAAACCAACAAAAUAAAUGAUUUGAUUGAUUUGAUUGAACUCUAUUUCAAAUCCGAUUUAAAUAUCAAACUGUUUUUGUAAUAAAGGAACACAUUUUUUUAUUAGGCGAGGCGUUUUUUUCUUUGUAUGAGUAAUUAUCAUAAAGAAGCAUUCUAAACAAUCAAACUCCUCAUAAUUUUUUUAUUUUUUUCAUUCGGUUACAACUCUCCCUUCGAAAAAUUAUAUCCAUUAAAUAAAAGCUCCGAUUUUUUUAUUGAUAUUUUUUUACUUCUUCCGAAAGUUUUUUUAUCCCUUGAAAUUUAUUUUCUAAUUUAAAAAUUGAAAAAAACGAAAAAAACCCUGUUAUUUUUUUUAUUCGGACAGCAGCCGCCAUUAGCAGAGUGAUCAGAAUUUCGAAAUGGAUUUUUAAGUGUUUCUCAAAGCUGAUUUGACAGUUUCGAUGGUGAUGAACUGCUGGAUGUUUGGCAGCUUCGGAUGCAAACUUUUCGCCUACCUUCAACGUGAGAGUCUUUGCCGAGAUACCUUUCAUCCGGAGAUUUUCAGCGGUCGUCGUGACGGCUUCAGCCUACACAUUGGCUGUGAUCGCUUUCGAACGAUACUUUGCCAUUUGCCGACCUCUUCAUUCCAGGAUUUGGCAGACUCGGUAGGAAAGCAGUUGUAUUCUCAGGGAAGACAAGGACUCCAGGUCGCACGCGUACGUCAUGAUCAGUUUGGUGUGGACCAUAUCGAUACUGGCCAACGUGUUGAUGCUGUUCAUGUAUGAGCAGCAGGUGUACAACUCCAACGGCAUCACUUGCACGCCGAUCCACGCCCCCAUCUACCAUUUCGCCUACCAGGUUCUUCUAAACUUUAACUGAAGGCUCAUUUUUUUCUGGUAUGGAUAAGUAUGAUAAAUGUUGAGUUUGAAAAUUUUUCCAUUUUUCUGUUAGGCAUAGGGGCAGUAAAAACCGGUGUUUCAGUUCAAAGCAGUACUUUGUAGAGUUUUUCAGUGCGAAUCGAACGUGAACUUGAAAACGUCUUCACUGAAAAAGCAGUAGUCUAAAAAAAAAAGAGGAAAAAAGGAAGUUGGAGUUCCAGUUUUUUGCAAACAAUUCUGUAAAGGGUGAGAAAAGUAUAUUAAAAACUUUGAUGUAAGUGAAGCUUGUUGGAAAAAAAAAGAUUCAGGUUUACAUGACGGUUGUGCUGCUGGUGAUUCCCCUGGUGGUGAUGACGGUGCUGUACGGCUCGGUGAUCAACUCUCUGAAAGGAGGCAUUCGUCUGGAGAUCGCCGCGGCCAACGCCGACAGCCUGGCCGCCGAGAACGAGAGUCAGUGUCCUCGCGUGCCGUUACAGUACUCCCGGUCGCACCAGAACCUCGGUGGCGGCGACUGGUUGAGUCCUUUUCCGCGCGCCGCCACCCACCUCGACCUCGUCGAGUCUUGUGCCGUGUUGCAACAGCAUCCAGGUCUUGUGCAUGUCCCAUUUUUUGUUAUAGUCACCAUGUUUCGUUUUCAAACUCUCUGCAGGGGAUUUCGAUGAGCAGACAAGGAACUCGCGGCAAUCCUGUUUGAGAAAAAUCCAUAGUGAUAGGCUUCAAAAAUACUCAAAAAUUUUAUCUUGGCAAUCGUUAUGAAUAUUUAACAAGCACUCUAAUCGAAAAAAAAAACUCAUCCGGUCACUGUUUGCCAAAUUCCUGAUUUUGAAAAUCGAAGGGAUAAGAAACGCUUUCUCGUUAACAUUUCGAAUAUUUGUUUGCACAUAUAGCUAUAUUUUCACUUUUUCGUAUUUAAGUUUUAUUUUUUAAGUUCUUCUCGAGUUUCUCUACUGGUUUUGACUAGCCACACAUAUUAUGAGUAUCCACCUUUUUUGGUUUUAUUAUCAAUUUUUUUUUUGAUUUUGGUUUUUAGUCUCCUAAAGGAAGUCUCUGAAUCGUCAAGUUUUCGUGACAAUAAUUUUCUGUUUCAACUUUAUGUGUUUUUUGUUCGCUUCAAAGUGGUUUCAUGGUAUUUGAGUUUAGUUUACUUUCAUUUUCGGAAUGAUAUGCAUUGGUUUAUUUGCAGCGAGUACGGACGACGAGAUCUUGGAGAACCGGAAAAUGUCGUUCAUCCAAAAACUGACGCAGAAGUUCAGUUUGCGCAAAGAUUCUAACAAUCCCAAGUAAAUUUUGUCAAUAAAAUAUGAAAUUUGGGCUUUUUGUAUUUUUCUUGAAGCUGUAUUCUCAUCGAGAGAACUUUCAGAGCGAACUUGGCCCACCGAAGGAGUGAAACUUCGAUUUGUAUGGACGGCAGCAGUCUCCGUUCCACACACAACCAAAAGUCUGCGAUGGCCAAGCAAAGAGUUAUCAAGUUUGCUUUUCGCUUCAUUUUCUUGAAAUGACCAAUUCUUCAAAUUGAAAUCUUUUAUCGAAGAACAUUUUGGGUUUGCAGAAUGCUGAUAGUCGUCGUGAUCAUAUUCUUCUGUUGCUGGACGCCCUCCUACAUUUGGUGGCUUCUGCUUAUUGCUGGAGACUCGUUCCAAGUGAGUUUCUUGCUCAGGAGCGGACGAUAGGUCAAGUCUUCAGAGCCUCCAACUUUCCGUUUGGAACUCCGACGUCAACACCUUCAUCACGUUGCUCACCUACAUCUCGUCCUGUACGAAUCCCAUAACAUACUGCUUUUUGAACAAGAAGUUCCGCAACGCCAUCUAUACAAUGUUCGGAAAGAAGAAGGUCCUUCGAAAUCAUUUCCAGAAGGUACGUUCUUGUGUUUCUCUUUCUCUUGCUGUUUUUUGUGGUUGUUGAAAAGACGCUUGUGUACAUGAGGAAACUCAACACUAGUUUAGUAUUCAGGUUUAUGAGCAGUCCGGAACGAGAAAACCCAAAGAGUAACUGUCAGUAAUACUAUAAAUAUCCAUAGUUGACUAACCCGUUUUCCUGAGAGAAACCCAACCGCAUCAACUUGAAACUUGCUGUCUGUGAUGAGAUGUUCAGCGUGAUAGUUGUGCCGUUUUGCAGGUGUACAUGCCAGUGAAUCUGACCUCGAAAAAAGUCGAGGACAGGACCCCGAUUAAAAGGUUUGCUUCUUGUCCUUCGGCAAUCCUCUCCGAGAUAUUUGCCUAACAUUUACAUUAACCAUGAUUUUCUUCGAAGAUAACAACUAGACGAUCUCAUUGAUACGUUUCGGCUUCAAGAACUCAAAAGUUUUGGAAUGUCCAUUAGGGAAAUUAACCUUGCUUGUAGCUGUUAACAUGUUAUUAGCUUCUAUGCAAGUGAUCUCAUGUCGCAAUUUCGAUUGGCCUGAAAUUUUCGAGGAAACUGUGUACAGGGUGGUCCAAAAGUAUUGUCGCAUAUAAAAAUAAAAGUAAAUUUGUGCAGACGCUAUGGAUUUUGCUGAAACUUUUUGAGUCAGACUGACAUGCACUAUAGAUAGAUAAAACCAAUGAAAAAAGUUUCUAUUUUAAUUCAUAUGCGUGAAAAACGAUUUUAAACCAUGUCGUCCGAGCCUGCCGCCGCACGCAGGGGUCAUGUUAGAACUUUAAUUUUUUUAAGGUCUCAAAAAUUUUUUCUGGAGUGGUCAAUUUGGGCAUCAAAGGUCCACACUUAAAUUUCAUAAUACUCAAAGAUGAAGGGCUACGCGCUCACAGCUUUUGAGAUUUUGCCUCUCUUCCAAAACGUCAGGCUCCGGCGAAAAAUGACCUUCCUGACGCUUUUUUACGUUUAUGCUUCUAGAUUUCCUUUUGAUAAGCCCACUGGAUUGAAAGUUGGCAUGAAAAAUGAUAAGAGGUUUCUAAAAACAUUUAUCUUUUUGAUUUAUCUGUGUUGCACUUCUGGCUCGAUUACCAUCAAGAAAUCUUCGGCAGACCCACACGAAAUGAUCGAACUUAGAAAAGUCCUCAUAAGUCAGCUUUCCAAACGUUUUGAUUACUCAUCUUUUGCAAUCUACACCUUUUUAUCAAUGAGACACAUAAAGAAAAAAGAGUUAUAGAAUUUAAUUCUACGAGAAAAAAGGAAAUUUUUUUUUCGCAACGGACUUUUGAGCUGCGUGCCAGCAAUGUCAAUUUUUGGUCUGUGUCAGCCAGACAAAACUUGCUGUUAUUUGUGUGCACCUCAGCCAAUUUAGAUGAAAUUUUCGAGAGACAUAGAAGAAGGGACUAGAAUGCUACAAAAAAAGUAACUUUUGUCCAAAAAUAUUUUUACUUAUUAAAAUGACCUGUUGUUUUAUGCGACAAUACUUUUGGACCACCCUGUAAUCGAAUUAUCGAUUUUUAGUUUCUUAAUUCCACAUUGCAGGUCGAUUUCUACGAAUUGCAAUCCUCAACUUCAGGUCGUUUUUGAAAAUGAACCUGUCGGUCAAACAGUGAGUUAUUCAACUGUUAAAUUAUAAAAUACAGAACUUCUUUCUACGCCUUUAUUUUAAUUUUUGAAGUUUUCAGGCGGAUUCUGCAUUUUUACAACAAAGCGACCAAAAAACGGCAGAUCUUGAUUCCUGA